AUCAUCUACCGCCUUUUCUUCCUCAGCAUCGAGCCUCUAUCCGCCCUCGUCGGCGCCUACUCCACAUAUUUCCAUCCCAAUUCCUCCCUCCCCUCCCUCCCCUCUCCCCCCUCCCCUCUUCCACCACACACCACAAUCACGCUCUCGCAACUCGCCAACAUGUACUUAUUCUUCGCGCUCAACGAAGCCCUCGUCCUACGCGCCACCGCCGAUAUGCGCGUCUGGCGCACCCUAUUAUGCAUCUUGCUGCUUGCUGAUUUUGGACAUUUGUGGGCCAUGAAGUCGCUGGGCGCCAGCGUGUAUUGGGAUUUGAGAGGUUGGGGCGUGUGGGAGUGCGCGAAUUUGGGGGUUGUGUAUGGGGGUGCGAUGCUUAGGAUUGCGUUUUUGGUGGGUGUGGGAUUG